AUGUCAGCCAAAAAGAUCGAACAAUGGGAGAUCGAGCGGUACUGGGAGAUCUUCGCCUCCCUUUCUAAUGGCCACCCCCGUCUAAACAGCACUCAGGCCGCCUCAGUGCUGCGCAACAGUCGCCUGCGCGAUGACCAACUCGAGAAAGUCUGGGACAUUGCAGACGUCGAUGGCGACGGCGAGCUUGACUUCGAGGAAUUCUGCGUAGCCAUGCGCCUGGUCUUCGAUCUUGUCAAUGGCGAGCUCCAAGAGGUCCCGCCCGUGCUUCCCGACUGGCUGGUCCCCGAAUCCAAAUCACAUCUCGUCCACGCCACGAGAGCAUUAAGCACUCGGCCCGAACAGUUCGAGCGGAUAGAAGACGAGGACGACUCGCUCGGUCUGAAGGAUGGUUUCGAUUGGUACAUGAAACCGGCCGAUCGGUCCAAGUACGAGGAUAUCUACAAUGCUAGCCGAAACCCGCGCGGCCAACUUACCUUCGACUCCCUAAGCGCCCUCUAUGACUCCCUCGAUGUUCCGGAUACUGAUGUCCGCUCUGCCUGGAACCUCGUUAACCCCUCCGCUGGCCAGGCGAUCAACAAAGACGCUGCGCUCGCGUUCCUGCAUAUUCUUAACUACCGCCAUGAGGGAUUCCGUAUCCCGCGCACUAUCCCUGCAUCCCUCCGCGCCUCGUUUGAGAGUAACCAGAUCGACUACCAGAUCGAUAACAACGCGCGGCCUGCGCAACGGUGGACUGGGGAGGGAAAUACCGAGACGGCUAGUGGUCGGAAGGCUAAAUUCGGUGAUACCUACCUGAGUCGACUAGGCGUUGGCGGUAAGGGUGCCUACCAGCCCAAGGGAACAGACUUUAGCGACACGAUCCAAGAUGAGGAGUGGGAGAAGGUGCGGCUGCGUCGGGAGCUGGCAGAGAUCGAGGAGAAAUUGAAGGCAGCUACUCAGGCCAGUGAUAACCGACGAGAUCAUCCACGGAAUGACGGACGGCCCAAUUGGGUACUGAUUAAGAAGGAGGCGCUACAGCUCUUGGAGUACAAGGAGCGCGAGUUGAGGGAGUUGAGGGAGGGAGUUGGGCGGUCAAAGGAUGGACAGGAUUUGGAGCGGUUAAGGGAAGAUGUGAAGACUGUUGCUGAUCAGGUUGAUGGGCUGAAAAAUCAUCUGGCGCAGCGGAAGGGUGUUCUCGCGGAUCUGCGGAGCCAGAUUGAAGACGAGAGGGCUCGACGAUGA